AUGGCGUUGCGGGGGCCCUGCCCGGCAGCAGGAGGGGGCGAAGAGGGAGAGGACGACCCGGAGCGUCGGAGUGGGACUCCGGGGCGCUCGGCGGAGACCGAGUCCCGGGAGAGUUCCGGGCCCCAGGGGCGCCGACCGCCCACCCGUGGAGGGGGGUGGCCCGGAUCCUCCCCUCCUCCUCCAUCCUCGGCCCCGCCCCGUCCUGCGAGCUUCUUAUUGGACGGAGGCGAGGUCGAUCCGCCUCGAGUCAUGGAACCUAUUGGCCGCGAGGUUUUCGGGCCGCCUCCAGCCUGCUGGGAUUGGCUUGCUGCGCGUUGGCGCAACGGAAGAGGCGGCCAGCCGAGGGUGCGCCUCUGCUCCGGCUGGGCUGCCGCGGAGGAGGCGAGGAGGAGUGCGGCGCUGGGGGGCUGGCUCGGGCGGCAGCGAAGGCUGCUGCGGAUGGGAGCGGGCCGGCUCGGCGCGCCCAUGGAGCGCCACGGCAGGGCCGCCGACGCCUCCGCCUCGUCGGCUGGGGAGCCGGCGCCUGGGGGCCCCGAAGGGCGGCGGCGGGAGCCACUGCGGCGCCGGGCGAGCAGCGCGUCGGCGCCCGCGGUCGAGGCGGCGGCGGCGGAGGGCGUGAGGCGGGUCCGGCCCGGCUCCUACAGCGGCCCUGGCUCGGUGUCCCGCCAGCGCGUCGAAAGCCUGAGGAAGAAGCGGCCGCUCUUUCCAUGGUUUGGCUUGGAUAUUGGUGGAACCCUGGUCAAGCUGGUUUAUUUUGAACCCAAAGACAUCACUGCUGAAGAAGAGGAGGAAGAAGUGGAAAGUCUUAAAAGCAUUCGGAAGUACCUGACCUCCAAUGUGGCGUAUGGGUCCACGGGCAUUCGGGACGUGCACCUGGAGCUGAAGGACCUGACUCUGUGCGGACGCAAAGGCAAUCUGCACUUUAUCCGCUUUCCCACUCAUGACAUGCCCGCCUUUAUCCAAAUGGGCAGAGAUAAAAACUUCUCAAGUCUCCACACUGUCUUUUGUGCCACUGGAGGUGGAGCGUACAAAUUUGAGCAGGAUUUUCUCACAGUAUGCAUUUUUUUAGCUUAUAUACAAUUUAUGGUGAUUUGGUGGUUAAAAAUAAUACCAACUGCAAGUGGUAGAAUCCUUUCCAUCUCUAAUGGAACUUGACUUUUCUUGAGUCAGAU